AUGUUGAGCCUUCGCAUACGCGUAGAAAGCGAGCGCGGGAACAGCACAUCAGUCGCAUCCGACAGCAGGGCAAAAGUAGACCCCGUAAAUCAUUUACUGCAUUCCAUGUUCAACCAAAUCGACGUAUAUUUCAAUCAAAAGUUCAUAUCGCCAAACAACGCUUACGCGUACCGCGCGUACAUUAAGGCAUUAUUAAAUUAUGCUUCACUCGCAAAAACCUCCCAUCUAACCUCUUGCUUAUGGGACGCGGAUAUUCCUGAUUAUAUGGACGACACGUUAGACUCGUCAAAUCCAAAUAUAGUGCUGGAGAGGCGCACGCAAUACAUUCAAGGAAAUCACGCGCUAGAUCUCAUUGGUCACCUUCACUGCGACGUUUUCAAUCAAGAUAAAUUUUUAAUUAACGGAGUGGAGGUUAGAAUGAGACUCGUACGAUCAAAAGAUUCAUUUUGUCUUAUGGAGAGUAAAACGAUAUCAAAAAUACACAUUCUUGACGCCAGUCUAUUCGUAAGAAAAGCAAAAGUAAGCGUGGAUGUACUACUCGCACACGCUAGAAUGCUGAGUAAAACUAUCGCCAAGUAUCCCUUUACGAGAGUUGAAGUUAAAAUAUUCACGAUACACGCCGACGUCGUGGGGGAAUCGAUAGACAACGCAAUACUCGGACAGCUAUCGAAACAAAUAAUAGUCGGCUUUGUCGAUAGCGAGGCGUUUAACGGCGAUAGAAAACUAAAUCCGUUUAAUUUCAAAAAUAAUAGAAUAAAUUUCUUUUCGCUGUACGCCGAUGACAUGCAAAUUCCUAAUAGACUGAUACAACCAAAUUUUUCGAAAAACGAGCCGCUUUACUUUGAAACUUAUCAUACAUUAUUCUCGGGAACUGACAUUCACUUUCUGAACGAGGGUAAUUCUAAAUAUAAGUAG